AUGUAUCUCACCCAAGCUGUUCAUGCCCUUUUCAAGCUUAGCUUGGAACAAGUCCACAAUUACGAGAGCCGUAUAUUGAACGCGCGUAUUUUAUCAGUUUCAACAUAUGGAAAAAUGCGUAAUGGAAAUAUUAUUGUGAUCAAAAGAGAUGGGAAAGAUGGAGUUUCUUUCCCUCUCCAGACUAAAGCUUGUCUCCUCGGAAGGAGCAGUAGCUGUAACAUUAGGAUACAGAAACCAACUGUAGCUCUGGAGCAUUGCCGUUUGACAAUUGAAAAAAAUGGGCAGGUGGUUUUAAAAAAUUUGUCUGCUGAAAGUGUUACAAAAGUGAACAAUGAAGUGAUUAAUGUUCAUUACCUUAAGCAUAAAGAUGUAAUUACUGUUGGUGAACGUUCGUUCAGAUUUGAAUCAUUACAAGAUCAAGUUAUGCCUAAAAAGGGCACCAGCAGUCCUAUUAAGGAAGCAGUUCCUGUUAAAAUUCACUCACCAAAGGUGAAACCUCCGACAAUAAACAAAAUAUUAACUGACUACAAUUUGUCUCCGAAAAGAAUGGCCACUAAAUGUGUAAAUGGAGAAACUUAUGAAACCUCCGAAGAGUCCACUAACACCUCGUCUUUACGAAAAGGGCGUAUGCCUUUUAGUGCUGAACUAAUUGGCAGAGCCUUGUCUCCCAAGAUGUUGCUCACUGUUGCUCCAUCUGGUGAUAUAAGCUUUGCAGAUUCUAAAAGAGGAUCUGGAAACAGAAAGAGGAAGUUUUCAACUGGAUUAAAUAUGCCAAGUGCGAAACGUAAAAGGGUAUCUUUUGGACCACAACUUAGUCCAGAGCAAUUUGAUCGAACUUUACCACCAGCAACUCCCGUCAGAAAGGGUGCUACACCUGCCAAGAGAUCAUCAACUCCUGGUAACAGGCCAUUAUUAAAAAGAAAUUCUAUAGCGCAUAGUACUGAUCUUAAUGUCACAUUACAAGUGCCUUCAUCUAAAUCUGUUAAGUCCAAUCCCAGAUCUUUGUCGAAGGUGUCUCCCAAGUCCACACCCAGAUCUUUGUCGAAGGCAUCUCCCAAGUCAUCACUGAAGCCAUCUCCCAAAACCACUCCUAGGUCUUCUCCGAAAUCGUCUCCCAAGGCCACUCCCGGGUCUUCGCCGAAAUCAUCUCCCAGGUCUUCGCCGAAAUCUUCUCCCAAGGCCACUCCCAAGUUGUCGCCGAAAUCUUCUCCCAAGGCCACUCCCAGGUCUUCGCCGAAAUCUUCUCCCAAGGCCACUCCCAGGUCUUCGCCGAAAUCUUCUCCCAAGGCCACUCCCAAGUUGUCGCCGAAAUCUUCUCCCAAGGCCACUCCCAAGUUGUCGCCGAAAUCGUCUCGCAAGGCCACUCCCGGGUCUUCGCCGAAAUCGUCUCGCAAGGCCACUCCCGGGUCUUCGCCAAAAUCGUCUCGCAAGGCCACUCCCGGGUCUUCGCCGAAAUCGUCUCCCAAGGCCACUCCCAGGUCUUCUUCAAAAUCGUCUCCCAAGUUGUCUUCAAAAUUGUCUCCCAAGCCAUCUCCCAGGUCCAAGACCUCUCCCCAGUCUUCUCAUCUUCAGUUGGAGCUGCGCCCAAGUCUUCGCCAAGGGUCACGCCAGCGUCAGCGCCCAAGUCUUCGCCAAGGGUCACGCCAGCGUCAGCGCCCAAGUCUUCGCCAAGGGUCACGCCAGCGUCAGCGCCCAAGUCUUCGCCAAGGGUCACGCCAGCGUCAGCGCCCAAGUCUUCGCCAAGGGUCACGCCAGCGUCAGCGCCCAAGUCUUCAUAAAGGUCACGCCAGCGUCAGCGCCCAAGUCUUCGCCAAAAUUUCCAAGAAAGCUGAUCUCGUUAAAAAAUCUGUUGUUAAACAAACUGCAAAAAAGCAAGUACUAAAACAGACUUCACAAAAGAAAAUCUAUCCCAUGACUCCUCGUCAAAAAGCUCUGAUAUCUUACCCAAGCACAGGUCAUGUAGAUUCUCCGUCAACUAUUCUUGUUGGGAAAAGUAUGAGAUAUCCAAAGGCUUCAAAAUACUUAAAACGUAGUAAAUCUCCAGGCUUAAAUAAAUCAUUUGAAGAAAACCUGUAUGAUAUGAUUCCAGACAGCCCUGCUGCACCAACUUACAUGUUUGUAUCUCCAUUGAAAUCUGAUACAAAACUAGCCAAGACACCAAAACGCAGACAGUCGGACAAAGUGGUCGGAGUGAAAGAACUAACCAAGACACCAAAACGCAGACAGUCCGACAAACUGGUUGGAGUGAAAGAACUAACCAAGACACCAAAACGCAGACAGUCCGACAAACUGGUCGGAGUGAAAGAACUAACCAAGACACCAAAACGCAGACAGUCGGACAAACUGGUCGGAGUGAAAGAACUAACCAAGACACCAAAACGCAGACAGUCGGACAAACUGGUCGGAGUGAAAGAACUAACCAAGACACCAAAACGCAGACAGUCCGACAAACUGGUCGGAGUGAAAGAACUAACCAAGACACCAAAACGCAGACAGUCCGACAAACUGGUCGGAGUGAAAGAACUAACCAAGACACCAAAACGCAGACAGUCAGAUAAAUUGCUUGGAGUGAAAGAAAUGUUUCAUACCCAGAUCGAGAAAAUUCCAAUGUUAGCUGGUGUGCGAAAAUCUUGUUCUCCUAAAUCUCUCUCAAGUCCAAAUACACGUGGAUUAAAAGAAUUAUUUCAUGAAAACAAUGUACGGAUGUCUAAUGAAGGUUUAGAAGUAAUAAAGGAUUUCUUUAAAUCUCCCCAGAUUGUUACAAAAUUAAAUCAGUCUCUUUCAAAAUCUGAUAAUAAUGAGAAUGAAGACAAAUAUGUUUCUGAUGAGAAAACGAGAAGAGCAGUGAAAAAGAAAGAUGCUGUCGCAAACAAAAAGGCAACUAAACGUUCAGCUGGAGAAGCUAACCUAUCUGAUGCUGAAACAAUAGCAGUUAUUCCUCCUGAUAAGAAGUCUAAGAAUGAAAUUGUUUGUCCUGAAAAUCAACAAAGUACAAGAAGAAACAGAAAUCUAAUACGUAUUCCGGAAACAGCUAAACUUAGUGAAAACAUUGAAACAAGCACAAGAACUCCCACAAGAAGCACAAGGAAAAGUAUAAAUGAUCUAGAAACUAUUGUGCCUACCAAAAACACUGAACCUAUUGCAAAAACUCCCACAAGAAGCAAUAGGAAAAGUAUAAGUGACCCAGAAACUACUGAGCCUACUGAAAACACUAAAACAACUACUAAAACUCCCACAAGAAGCAAUAGAAAAAGUACAAGUGAUCCAGAACCUACUGAACCUGUUGUAAAAACUCCCACAAGAAGCACUAGGAAAACUGCAAGUAAUCCAGAAAUUACUAAGCCUACUAAAAACACUGAGCAGGUUGCAAAAACUCCCACAAGAAACACUAGGAAAAGUACAAGUGACGCAAAAACUACUAAGCCUACUGAAGAUGCUGAAACAACUACUAAAACUCCCACAAGAAGCAAUAGGAAAAGUACAAGUGAAACUACUACACCUACUGAAAACACUGAACCUGUUGCAAAAACUCCUACAAGAAGCAAUAGGAGAACAGCGACAAGUAAUCCAGAAAGUACUAAGCCUACCGAAAACACUGAACAGGUUGCAAAAACUCCCACAAGAAGCACUAGGAAAACUACAAGCGAUCCAGAAACUACUAAGCCUACUGAAACAAGCACAAAAACUCCCACAAAAAGCACAAGGAAAAGUAUAAGCGAUGCAGAAACUACUGAGCCUACUGAAAACACUAAAACAACUACUAAAACUCCCACAAAAAGCACAAGGAAAAGUACAAGUGAACCAGAAACUACUACACCUACUGAAAAUGUUGAACCUGUUGCAAAAACUCCCACAAGAAGCACUAGGAGAACGGCAACAAGUGAUCCAGAAAGUACUAAGCCUACCGAAAACACUGAACAGGUUGCAAAAACAAGAAGCACUAAGAAAACUACAAGUGAUCAAGAAACUACUAAACCUAGUGAAAAUACUGUACUUGUUUCAAAAACACCCACUAGAAGCACCAGAAAAACUGUAAGUGAUCUGGAAACAAAUAAGCCUGCCAAAAACACUGAACCUGUUGCAAAAACUCGCACAAGAAGCACUAGGAAAACAAGUGUUCCAGAAAUUACUAAGCCUACUGAAAAUACUGAACUGGUUACAAAAAUUCCCACUCGAAGCACCAGAAAAAUUACAAGUGAUCCUGAAAUCACUGAACCUGUUUCAAAAACACCUACUAGAAGCACUAGAAAAACUGUAAGUGAUCCAGAAACACAUAAGCCUGCCAAAAACACUGAACCUGUUGCAAAAACUCCUACAAGAAGCACUCGGAAAACUACAAAUGAUCCAGACACAACUAAACCUAUAGAAAACACUGAAAUGGUCACAAAAACCACCACUAGAAAUACUAGGAAAACAAGUGUUCCAGAAAUUACUGAGCCAGUCACAAAAAUUCCCACUAGAAGUACCAGAAAAACAAGUGAUUCAGAAAAUACUAAGCAUACAGGAAAGACUGAACUGGUUGCAAAAACUUCCACUAGAAACACCAGAAAAACUACAAGUGAUCCAGAAACUACUCAGUCUGCUAAAAACUCAGAACUGGUCAUAAAGUCUCCUGCUAUAACCACAAAGAAAACAAGUGUUCGAGAAACUACUAAACCUACUGAAAGUGCUGAACCUAUCAAUAAAACUUCCACAAGAAGAACAAGGAAUACUGCAAAUGUUUUGGAAAUUAUUGAGCUGGUUACAAAAACUUCCACCAGAAGCACCAUAAAAGCUACAAAUGUUCCAGAAACUACUAAGCCUGCUGAAAACACUGAACCAAUCACAAAAUCUUCCACUAGAAGCACCAGGAAAACUACAGUUGUUCCAGAAACUACUAAGCCUUCUGACAAUACUGAACCAGUUACAAAAGCUUCCACUAGAAGUGUUCAAAAGGAUCCCAAAACAACUGAACUACUUACCACAGCUUCUAUCAAAAGCCCCCAGAAUGUUGCAAAAGUGUCAAAAACUCUCACAAGAAGCACUAGAACUGCUACAAAUAAGCCAGAAACUACUGAAUUUGUAAUUCCUACAAGAAGUGGGCAAAACAAGAAAACUGAACCAGUCGUUGAGAAAGAAGUGGCUGAAGAAAAUGUCAGAAAGUCUUCUCGGGGGACCAGGCAGAUAGCCAACAAGCCAGUUGCAAAGGAUGGUUCUACUCUUAAACCUAUUUCCAAGAAGACCACUGAAAAAGUUGAAGAAACUGAGUCAGUAAGGAGAGUUACUAGAAAAAGGUCAGCAGACACUUCACUAACAGCACCUAAAAUCAAAACUGCAAAGAUUGAGCCUGAAACUAAAUCCAAAAAAACUCGAGCCAAAAGAGCUGAAAGACCAGCUGAAGAGAAACCCAUUUCUCCAAUAGCAAGCCGGAGUAGGAGAGUACAGUUUCAAGAAAUUGAAAAUGUUGAGGUGGAAUCGGCCACCAAAGCAAAUGUAAGAAAGCAAGGUUCCAAGACUGUUGUUGAACCUGAAACUGAAAACAAGGCACCUAGAUUAGUUACUAGACAGGCCUCCUCAAAAGCUAAAACAGAAGUAGACUCAGAAGAAACAGCUGCUGUGAAGACUCGUUCAAAGCAAAAUGCUGGUACUAAGGUUGCUGUUAAAAAAACAGUCAGUACCAAAUCUGUAUCUCCAGUGAAAAGAGUCACUCGGUCACGGCGCUGA